AUGAUCACCAUUUUCUUCUAUCCCAUUCACUCUUUCUAUUCAAAAUGGUUGCUCAAAAGAUCACCGUCAGUCCGCGUCAAGGAGACGAUAACGGAACAAAGUUCAAUUCAAACCAAAGACAAGGUUUUUUCGCAAACGAGUCUCAAGGCUCGACGUUCUCUGAAACUAAUAGACAUAGAUCGCUUAAAGUUCCAAAAGAACCAACAGGUGAACGGUCAGCGCGGAGUAAUCCCCAACGCAAGAACAGAAUUGCCAACAUCUACUCCAACGCCAACAACCAGCUUUUCAGAGGAAUUUUUGAAAACGGACCUGCUAUUCACCAACACAAUGUUCCACGACAUGGAUUGCGAGUUCUUCCAAGAUCUGGUGCAAUUGACUUCAGCAUCCGCCGAGGAAGGAAUAGUACAGUCCAUUGAUUCUCAAAAAAUAACCGAAAAGGCAAGGGCAUACCACACAGACACACAGCACACACCAUUCUCACCGCAAGGUUGGGAUGUUUCGGACGCUAAUUCGCCGUCAGCUUCGACUCAUAAUCAAACGCAGAGCUAUCCCGUCUCUCCCACCGACGAGGGGAUGGCUACUGGCUUUAAUACUGAUGUAUUUUACAAUUCAAAUGCUAUCAACGAAGUUAACAUACCGUUCCAAGAACAGUUCUUAGACAUCAGUACACUGCCGUUGACGAUAGGUGAUUUAGCGCCGGAUAGUGUUGCCGAAACGAAUCCGUGGCAGGCCGCGGAAUUCACUUGGCAAAACACUGACGACUUAGACUACACAAAACCAACAUCGAACAUACACACUAUGCCCUUCAUAGACCAAGAGGACUCCCUGGACACGAAAUUCAUAUCUGUUAUACCUAGGGAGGUUGAGAGCAAUGACGUAGUUAUAUCAGAGUACAUCAUUAAUGAGACGCCAGAAACUAAACCGGCUGCCGCCCACAACUAUACUGUCCAAGAGAGGCGGAGUGGUGGGCUGUCGCUAGAUGUCGCCAGGUAUCCACACAACUGGCAAGGAGAAGUCAUCAGCACACCAGAGGUUCUUAGUUUUGUCGAGCAAUUGGAGAGAGAGAAAUGUACACUCCCAAGCUCGCAUACUUUGGCCACUGAUCAUACAGCCUUCACGGAGAACACGAUUAUUGAAGAUUCCCCUCCGGCCCCCGUCGACUAUGAACCUAUCACACCCAAAAGUGAACCGCAAAUUGAUUCGGACGAGGAUAUAAAACCAGGACCGAGGAAGAGAAGGCGGAACGACAGCGAGGACUCGGACGUAUCAUACACUCCUUAUUCUGUUAGCAGUUCACCUAGAAAGUAUAGGAAACGAAAGCCUAGCAUACCAAUCAAAGACAUGAUCAGAGCUCUAGAAGGCGCCCAGCAACAAACCAAAGCUAGAAGGGGCCGACCACCCAAGAGGAGGGAAAGCGACGUGUCGGCUGUAAGCGAAAACUCGUCAUCCACACACGAGAUAAGUUACAGGAAACUCCGGGACAAAAAUAAUGAAGCAUCCAAGAGAUCGAGAAUGAACAGAAAGCUGAAAGAACUGCAAAUGGAACAAAUGGCCGUCGACUUGGAAGAAAGAAAUAAGAGACUGCGAAUAAGGGCAGAACUAUUAGAAGAAGCGACGAAGAAGCUUCGGGAUGCCUUCAUGUUAGCGGUGUCACAGAAAAAGGCUGGUUAACUGCUGUCGCGUGCGGGACACGAUUGAAAAGAUAAAAAAUCUAUAUAAAUAGAUAUUUGAUAUUAGAUUGGCUGAUAUAGCUAGGAGUACAGGCCUUAGCAUGUAAUGUAUGAGUUUUCCUACGCCAUUCAGUACUUGGAAUCCGAUCACUGCAGCCUCUUGGUUCUGACAUAGAUUCCUGGAUUUUUAACAAAUUGAUGUUGUAGAUAUAAGAAUUGGUUUUAUUAGGGUAUAUUGUAAUGAACACAUGAAUUAUUUCACUAGAAAAGUUAAAAAUCUUAAGUUAGUUAUGGUUAAGUCUAAUGUCUUAGUUUGCCACAAGCCACAGCCAUAGCUUGGCUUGAACUAUGAAUACAAUAUCUACACUUAAAUAAUUAUAUUCUAUGCCUAAAUCUUUAAUAUCCAGUCGGGUAAUGCAUGUUAUUUGACUCGUAGAAUUUAUUGUUUUUUUUUAAUAAACACUACAUCUUGUUGUA